AUGGAGAAUACACGCGAGAUACUAGCAAGCGUUAUGUCCCUCGCCUCAUGGAGGAACUUGGCCUUGCUUCUGGCGGUGAUUAACUUGAAAAAUCUCCCAUUUGUCUGGCAUUUCCGCAUACUGUAUCACUGCGUUGGCAACCUGCGUUUGAAACCCAGCGCACCACUUCUCCCCAAGGGCAGAGUUAUUGUAGACUCCCAGGGAAAACCAACACAUCCCAUCUUCGUGCCAUGCAUGGUCACAUCUCGCACACCGUUGCUAGAGACAGAUUACAACCUGCAUAAAUCAAACAGCACUUACUUCACGGACCUGGACGUUUCGCGUACAGCGCUCGUGAGCCGGAUUUACAGCCCCGGAGUCGGCAAUGUGAGCAAGGAGCUAGAUCAGGAGUUCCUAGCCGCAAGCAAGAAGGAGGGAAAGCCGGCGCCAAGGCGCAAGCCGGUUUUGAUUGUGCUCGGAUCUGUUUACUGCACAUUCAAGCGGGAAAUUAAGCCAUUUGAACUCUAUGAGAUGCAUUCCAAGGUGAUCUCUUGGGAUGCCAAGUGGCUGUACGUCUUGACCUGCUUCAUGCGACCUGCGCGCCGCAGUGGCGGCGAAAAGGUGAUCCUUGCUGUGGGCGUGAGCAAGUACGUGGUCAAAAAGGGUCGAUUGACUGUGCCCCCGGAGCGGAUUUUGCGCGCGAGUGGGUUCCUGCCCACGCCACCCCCGGAGAGUGAAGUCAAGACCGACAUCGCCGACGUCGACUCCUCGGCCGAGGCUUCCGGCGUUGAGACUCCUGGUGAGGGCGAAGGUAUCACGGCUACGGGAGGCGUGGAUGGAUCGCUGAUUCGGGAGGUAUUGAAAAUGAACGAUGAUCAGAUUCCUGCCCAGGAGACUCUGGAUAAGCAGCAGAAGGAGAAUACUGACUCGUGGGAUGUCGAAGAAUGGACCUGGGAGCGCAUUGAACAGGAACGCCUGCGGGGACUGGAGGUUGUCGCUGGAUAUACAAAUAUGGAUGCCAAGCUAUUCGAUGAAUGGGUGUAA